AGACUAAAGUUACUAAAGGUGGUGCCGGCAGGUACUGAGGGGGGUGGUUUUAGGAUGCCAGAACUAACUGCUGAGCCUUCCAGAGGUAUUGUGAGCCUAACUGAACUUAGUGUUUUAAUUGCAAUUGUGACCUCUUUUUACAGGGUAGAACAAGCAGAGAAUUUGUGCACCAGAAUAUCAACUUGUCCAGUUCACCAGCCACCUGGUGGGGCGGAUUGACAGAUUCGGCUUAGCCAACGAGACGCCAGAGGGUUACUGCAUGGAGAAAUUAUUCACCAGCUCUGAGUGUGGGCAGGGAUUCACGCCCAGCUCUGACUGCGGCCAGGGAUUCACGCAAUCCUCCCACAUGGUCCACCAAGUGCAGCAACAGGCUUUGGGGAAGCCAUUUACCUGUCCCGACUGUGGAAAGGGAUUCACUCAAGCCUACAACCUGAAGACGCACCAGCGAAUUCACACCGGGGAGAGGCCGUUCACCUGCACCGAGUGCGGGAAGGGAUUCACCAACUCCUCCGGCCUGGUGGCCCACCAGCGGAUUCACACCGGGGAGAAGCCGUUCGUGUGUCCCACCUGCGGGAAGGGUUUCAUCCGUUUGCACUCCCUGGAGAUCCACCAACAGGUGCACCCUGGGGAGAAGCCGUUCACCUGCUCGGACUGCGGGAAGGGAUUUGUCCAGUUGUCUGGGCUGCAGACACACCAGCGGAUCCACACUGGAGAGAGGGCAUUCACCUGCUCUGAGUGUGGCAAGGGGUUCACUCACUCCUCCAGGUUGCUGAUCCACCAGCGGAUUCACACCGGGGAGAAACCCUUCACUUGUUCUGAGUGCGGGAAGGGAUUCAUUCAAUUGUCGACUCUCCGGUCCCACUUCCAAAUUCACACCGGGGAGAGGCCGUUCACCUGCUCCGUGUGCGGCAAGGGGUUCAUUCAAUCGUCAAACCUCAGGUCACACUAUCAAAUACACACUGGGGAGAGGCCAUUCAUCUGCUCUGAGUGUGGCAAGGGAUUUUCACGAUUAUGCUCGCUGCAGUUGCACCAGCGACUUCACACUGGGGAGAAGCCAUUUACCUGUCCCGAGUGCGGGAAGGGGUUUAUUCAAUUGUCGAGUCUCACUUCGCACUACCGGACGCACACCGGGGAGAGGCCUUUCAUCUGCUCUGUGUGUGGGAAGGGCUUUUUUCAAUUGUCGAACCUCCGGUCGCACUAUCAAAUCCACUUUGGGGAGAAAUCUUUCACCUGUUCCGUGUGUGGGAAGAGAUUUCACCACUUAUCUGGCCUACAGAAACACCAGCGGAUUCACACCGGGGAGAGGCCGUUCACCUGCUCUGAGUGUGGCAAGGGAUUUACUCAAUUAUCUAUACUGCAGAAGCACCGGCGACUUCACACUGGGGAGAAGCCAUUCACCUGCUCUCAGUGUGGGAAGGGAUUCAUUGACUCACCUGCUUUGCAGAUACACCAGAGAGUUCAUACGGGGGAGCGACCAUUCACCUGUUCUGAGUGUGGGAAGGGAUUCACUCAAUCAUCGACUUUACUGGGGCACCUGAAGAUUCACACAGGGGAGAAGCCAUUCACCUGCUCCGAGUGUGGGAAGGGAUUCACUCAAGCCGGCAACCUGAAGAGGCACGAGCGGAUUCACACCGGGGAGAAGCCGUUCACCUGCUCUGAGUGCGGGAAGGGAUUCACUCAUUCAUCGGCGGUAUUGAGACACCAGAGAACUCACACUGGGGAGAGGCCAUUCAUCUGCUCUGAUUGUGGCAAGGGAUUCACUCAAUUGUCCAGCAUGUUAAUACAUCAGCGCAUUCACACUGGAGAGAGGCCGUUCACCUGCUCUGAGUGUGGGAAGGGCUUCAUUCAUUCAUCGGCGUUACUGAGACACCAGAGAAUUCACACUGGGGAGAGGCCGUUCACCUGCUCUGAUUGUGGGAAAGAAUUCAGACAAUCUCACACCCUGAAGAUCCACCAGCGAGUUCACGCUGGGGAGAAAUCAUUUGCCUCUCCCAACUGUGGGUUAACUGUGUGGGAGAGAUACACUGUGUCAGCUGAGCCGACAAGACGACAGAGAGUUCACAACAUGGAAAAAAUAUUCACCAGCUCUGACUGUGGGCAGGGAUACGCUCAAUCUUCCCACCUGGUGACCCAGCAGCAAGUUUGUGCCGUGGAGAAACCAUUUGCCUGUCCCGAUUGUGGGAAGGGAUUCACUCAAGCAUGCAACCUGAAGAGGCACCAGAGAAUUCACACCGGGGUGAGGCCGUUCACCUGCUCCGAGUGCGGGAAGGGGUUCAUUCGGUUGUCCAACAUGGUAAUACAUCAGCGUGUUCACACUGGGGAGAGGCCGUUCACAUGUUCUGAGUGUGGGAAGGACUUUGCUCAAACCUUCGCGUCCCAGAACUCGCCCUAUGUUGCAGGCGAUACCAAGCGCGCAGGCGCGGAGAGCCCCGGUGGGGCCAAGGCGCACAUCGCGGGGUUGUUGGCCAUGGCCGCCACUUUACCCAUAAUCCCCGGCGUGACAGAAACCGGUCCAUGCGUCACCGUGCAGUCGAUGCACAUGCGCCACACAGACCGGCCGCCGCCAGCACCAUCACUGACGGGCGGGAAACUCCCCGGGGCCCGGGUGCGGAGGGAGAGGGGGAAGGGCCGGCACCGUCCCCAGGUGGCAGGACACCGUGUCCCCGAGGGCCGCACUGAUUCUCUUCGCAGCCGGGACUCGAUGCUGACUGAUUUGCUCCUGCAGUUCAACCCAGCGAAUCCUUUCCCGCACACAGAACAGGCGAACGGCCUCUCCCCAGUAAGCCCCCGCGCCCCAGAACUCGCCCUAUGUUGCAGGCGAUACCAAGCGCGCAGGCGCGGAGAACCCCGGAAGUGGGUGCGGCCAAGGCGCGCAUUCGGUCCGUGGACAGAAGACUCCGGAGGGUCGGCGGCGGGUAGGAGCGGGGAUCCGGGCGCGGGAUCAGUCAACACCGAGGCCCGGCCUGAGGAGCGGCCCCCGGCUGCGGGGAGAAUCCGUGCGGCCCCCGGGGACACGGUGGCCCGUCACCUGGGGACGGUGCGGCCAUGGAAGCGUAAACAUGGAUUCCCUGCCCCCUGGACAGUCUGGAUAGCACAAGCGCAGGAUAUUGAUGCUCGGGAAUCUCAAACUCCCUCAGUUAACCUGCACCUGAACGCGUGGGAGGGAUUCACUGUGUCAGCUGAGCCGACGAGGCACCAUAAAUUCCGCAGCAUGGAGACAUUAUUCACUAGCUCUGAGAGUGAGCUGGGAUUCACUCAUUCUUCCCACCAGCAAGAUCACGUUGUGGAGAAACCAUUUCCCUGUCCCGAUUGUGGGAAGGGAUUCACUCAAGCAAACAACCUGAAGAGUCACCAACAGCAAGUUCACGCUGAGGAGAAACCAAUUCCCAGUCCUGAUUGUGGGAAGGGAUUCUCUCUGACCGGCAGCCUGAAGGAACAGCAGAGAAUUCCCACAGGGGAGAAGCCAUUCACUUGUCCUAUGUGUGGGCAGGGAUUUACUGCAUCAUCUGGGCUACAAACACAUCAGUUGAUUCACAUCGAGGAGAGGCCGUUCACCUGCUCGGAGUGUGGGAAAGGAUUUAUGCAGUUAUGCCACCUACAGUCACACCAGCGGAUUCACACUGGAGCGAGGCCGUUCACUUGUUCUGAGUGUGGGAAGAGAUUUAUACAGUCAUCUCACCUAAAGUCACACCAGCGGAUUCACACCGGGGAGAAGCCCUUCACCUGUACUGAUUGUGGGAAGGGAUUUACUGCAUCACUUGGGCUACAGAGACAUCAGCUGAUUCAUACCGGGGUGAAGCCAUUCAUCUGCUCCGAGUGUGGGAAGGGAUUUAGGCGGUCAUUGGACCUACAGUUACACAAGCGGAUUCACACUGGAGAGAGGCUGUUCAGUUGUUCUGAGUUAGGGAAGGGAUUUAUCGACAUAUCUGUGCAACAGAGACACCAGCAGAUGCCCAGCAUGGAGAGGCCAUUCACCUGCUCUGAGUGUGGGAAGGGAUUUAUGCGGUCAUCUCACCUGCAGUUACACCAGCGGAUUCACAGCGAGGAGAGGCCGUUCACCUGCUCUGAGUGUGGCAAGGGAUUUAUACAGUCAUCUCACCUAAAGUCACACCAGCGGAUUCACACUGGAGAGAGGCCGUUCACUUGUUCUGAGUGUGGAAAGCGAUUUAUUGACGUAUCUGGCAUACAGAGACACCAGCAGAUGCACAGCGGGGAGAGGCCGUUCAUCUGCUCUGUGUGUGGGAAGGGAUUUGUACAGCCAUCUCACCUACACUCACACCAACAGAUUCACACUGGGGAGAAGCCGUUCACUUGUUCUGUGUGUGACAAGGGGUUUGGUAAAUUAUACGGGCUACAAGUACACCUGCGAAUUCACACUGGGGAGAAGCCGUUCAUUUGUUCUGUGUGUGGGAAGGGGUUUACUAACUUAGCUGCAUUACAGAGACAUCAGAGAGUUCACACUGGUGAGAGGCCGUACACCUGCUCUGAGUGUGGGAAGGGAUUCAUUCAGUCUGCCCAGCUGAAGGCCCACCAGCGAGUUCACGCUGCGGGGAAACCAUUUGCCUCUCCCAACUGUGGGCAGCUCAACACUGAUGAUCUGGUGACCAACUAUCAAAUUCACACUGAGAAACCUCCGUGCCCCAGAAGUCACCCUAUGUUGCAGGCGAUAGCAAGCGCGCAGGCGCGAAGAGCCCCGGAAGUGGUGCGGCCAAGUCGCGCCUGCGGAUCGGCGGCGGGUAGGAGCGGGGAUCCGGGCGCGGGAUCAGUCAACACCGAGGCCCGGCCUGAGGAGCGGCCCCCGGCUGCGGGGAGAAUCGGUGCGGCCCUCGGGGACCCGGUGGCCCGUCACCUGGGGACGGUGCCGGCCAUGGUUAACCAGCACCUGAACGCGUGGGAGGGAUUCACUGUGUCAGCUGAGCCGACGAGGCACCAUAAAUUCCGCAGCAUGGAGACUUUAUUCACUAGCUCUCAGAGUGAGCUGGGAUUCACUCAAUCUUCCCACCAGCAAGUUCAAGCUGUGGAGAAACCAUUUCCCUGUCCCGAUUGUGGGAAGGUAUUCACUCAAGCAAACAACCUGAAGAGACACCAACGGCAAGUUCACACUGAGGAGAAAGCAAUUCCCUGUCCAGAUUGUUGGAAGGUAUUCUCUCAAGCCUGCAACCUGAAGAGACACCAACGGCAAGCUCACGAUGAAGAGAAACUACUUCCCUGUCCCGAUUGUGGGAAGGGAUUCUCUCAGGCUGGCAACCUGAAGAGACACCAGAGAAUUCACUCGGGUGAGAAGCCAUUCUCCUGUUCUGUUUGUGGGAAGGGAUUUGCUGCUUCAUCUGGGCUACAGACACACCAGCGGAUUCACACAGGUGAGAAGCCAUUCACCUGUUCUGUUUGUGGGAAGGGAUUUACUGCUUCAUCUGGACUACAGACACACUAUCAAAUUCACACUGGGGAGAGGCCGUUCACGUGUUCUGAGUGUGGGCAGCGAUUUAUGCAGUCAUCUCACCUAAAGACACACCAGCGGAUUCACACUGGAGAGAGGCCGUUCAUUUGUUCUGAGUGUGGAAAGGGAUUUAUUGACGUAUCUGGGAUACAGAGACACCAGCAGAUGCACAGCGGGGAGAGGCCGUUCAUCUGCUCUGAGUGUGGGAAAGGAUUUAUACAUACAUCUCACCUACACUCACACCAGCGGAUUCACACUGGGGAGAAGCCGUACAUUUGUUCUGUGUGUGGGAAGGGAUUCAUUUAUUCAUCUGAAUUGUUGAGACACCAGCGAAUUCACACAGGGGAGAGGCCAUUCGCCUGCUCCGAGUGUGGGAAGAAAUUCAUUCAGUCUUCCCAGCUGAAGAUCCACCAGCGAGUUCACGCUCCGAGGAAACUAUUUGCCUCUCCCAACUGUGGGCAGGUCAACACUGAUGAUCUGUGUUUACAGCGACAUAUUGGAGUGGAGUGGAGUGGAGUGGAGUGGAGUGGAGCCGCCGGCCCCAUCAACAAGCAGAGGAUUGAUGCUCGGGAAUCUCAAACUCCUUCAGUUAACCAGCACCUGAACGCGUGGGAGGGAUUCACUGUGUCAGCUGAGCCGACGAGGCACCAUAAAUUCCGCAGCAUGGAGACAUUAUUCACUAGCUCUGAGAGUGAGCUGGGAUUCACUCAAUCCACCCGCCAGCAAGAUCACGCUGAGGAGAAAUCAUUUCCCUGUCCCGAUUGUGGGAAAGGAUUCACUCAAGCAAACAACCUGAAGAGACACCAAAAGCAAGUUCACGCUGAGGAGAAUCCAAUUUCCUGUCCAGAUUGUGGGAAGGUAUUCUCUCAAGCCUGCAGCCUGAAGAGACACCAACGGCAGGUUCACGCUGAAGAGAAACUAUUUCCCUGUCCCGAUUGUGGGAAGCGAUUCUCUCAGGCUGGCAACCUGAAGACACACCAGAGAAUUCACACGGGUGAGAAGCCAUUCACCUGUUCCGUUUGUGGGAAGGGAUUUACUACUUCGUCUGCACUACAGACACACCAGCGGAUUCACACAGGUGAGAAGCCCUACACCUGUUCUGUUUGUGGGAAGGGAUUUAUUGCUUCAUCUGGGCUACAGAAACACUUUCAAAUUCACACCGGGGAGAGACUGUUCCACUGCUCGGAGUGUGACAGGGGAUUUAUGCAGUCAUCUCACCUAAAGAUACACCAGCGGAGUCACACUGGAGAGAGGCCGUUCAUUUGUUCUGAGUGUGGAAAGGGAUUUAUUGACUUAUCUGGGAUACAGAGACACCAGCAGAUACACAGCGGGGAGAGGCCGUUCACCUGCUCUGAGUGUGGGAAGGGAUUUAUAUAUCCAUCUCACCUACAGUCACACCAGCGGACUCACACUGGGGAGAAGCCGUACAUUUGUUCUGUGUGUGGCAAGGGUUUCAUUUAUUCAUCUGAAUUGUUGAGACACCAGCGAAUUCACACCGGGGAGAGGCCAUUCGCCUGCUCCAAGUGUGGGAAGAGAUUCAUUCAGUCUUCCCAGCUGAAGACCCACCAGCGAGUUCACGCUCCAAGGAAACUAUUUGCCUCUCCCAACUGUGGGCAGGUCAACACUGAUGAUCUGCCGAUACCAAGCCAAGAUCGCUAUAGGAUCUUUGAUACCAAGCGCGGAGAGCCCAGGAAAUUGUGCUGCCAAGGCGCGCAUGCGGUCCGUGGACGCAAGACUCCGGAGGAUCGGCGGCGGGUAGGAGCGGGGAUCCGGGCGCGGGAUCAGUCAGCACCGAGGCCCGGCCUGAGGAGCGGCCCCCGGCUGCGGGGAGAAUCGGUGCGGUCCCUCGGGGACACGGUGGCCCGUCACCUGGGGACGGUGCGGCCAUGGAGCGUGUUUGGAAACGCAAGCAUGGGUCCCUGCCCACCAAGGAGUCUGAUCAGUAGAAGCAAGAAACUACCUGAGCCGAUGAGGCACCAUAAAUUCCGCAGCAUGGAGACAUUAUUCACUAGCUCUGAGAGUGAGCUGGGAUUCACUCAAUCUUCCCACCAGCAAGAUCACGCUGUGGAGAAACCAUUUCCCUGUCCCGAUUGUGGGAAGGGAUUCACUCAAGCAAACAACCUGAAGAGACACCAAAAGCAAAUUCACGCUGAAGAGAAACUAUUUACCUGCCCUGAUUGUGGGAAGCGAUUCUCUCAGGCCGGUAACCUGAAGAGACACCAGAGCAUUCACACAGGGGUGAAGCCAUUCACCUGUUCUGUGUGUGGGAAGGGAUUUACUGCAUCAUCUGGGCUACAGACACACCAGCGGAUUCACACUGGGGAGAGGCCGUUCACCUGUUCUGAGUGUGGGAAGGGAUUUGUUCAAUUGGCAAACCUCAGGACACACCAUCAAAUUCACACCGGGGAGAGACCGUUCGUCUGCUUUGAGUGUGGGAAAGGAUUUAUGCAGUCAUCUCACCUUCAGUCACACCUACGGAUUCACACUGGAGAGAGGCCGUUCACUUGUUCUGAGUGUGGGAAGGGAUUUAUUGACGCAUCUGCGCUACAGAGACACCAGCAGAUGCCCAGCGGGGAGAGGCCGUUCACCUGCUCUGAGUGUGGGAAGGGAUUUAUGCAGUUAUCUCACCUUCAGUCACACCAGCGGAUUCACACCGGGGAGAGGCCGUUCCCUUGUUCUGUGUGCGGGAAAGUAUGUAUAGAUACAUCUCGGCAACAAUUACACCAGCGAACUCACACUGGGGAGAGGCCGUUCACUUGUUCUGUGUGCGGGAAGGGAUUCGCUGGGUUGAACUACCUGAAAAGACAUGAGCGAGUUCACACCGGGGAGAGACCGUUCACUUGUUUUGUGUGUGAGAAGGGAUUUAUGGAUGCAUCUCAGCUCAAAUCACACCUGCGGACUCACACGGGAGAGAAGCCGUUCACUUGUUCUGUGUGUGACAAGGGGUUUGGUAAAUUACAUGGGCUACAAAUACACCAGCGAAUACACACUGGGGAGAGGCCGUACACUUGUUCUGUCUGUGGGAAGGGGUUUACUAACUUAGCUGCGUUACAAACACACCAGAGAAUUCACACUGGAGAGAGGCCGUACACCUGCUCUGAGUGUGGGAAGGGAUUCACUCAGUCUUCCCACCUGAAGAACCACCAGCGAGUUCACGCUCCCUCUCAACUGUGGGCAGGUUUGCAUUGAUACAUAGAUACAUAGAAAAUAGGUGCAGGAGUAGGCCAU